UAAACAACAAUUCUAAUGAAACGAAUCGUUUGAAUUUUAGAUCGAAGACGCGCUUCCUGUCCCGACGGCGUCGCAUCGUUCCUCCGCCGCCGUGAAUUGAAGGUUUCUCAGUCACCGGCGCACGUGCCUUUUCUAAUUGCACCUCCUCAAUUCAACUCUAGUUUGAGCAUACAGAAACAGUGGUUGGAAUUUGGUAGUGUUUGGUAGUAUUUGGUUGGUUAGAAUUUAGAAGAUGAAGCGAAAACGCGGACAUAAGAAAGGAAAAUCGAAGAGUAGUACCAACCCUGUUGCUCUUAGAAUUGAAGAAGAUCAAAAUAAUUCAGAAGCUUCUGGUUUUGAUGUUGGUAAUGAUAAUAAAGAAGAUAACUCUGGUAUGGAAGUUGACACGCCGUCUUCCACUGGCACCGAUCAACGUAGCAAUCUUGCUAACGUGAAUCCCGAUGGUUUUGGCAGCGUUAAGGAUGCUGCAAAGUCGAUUGGACGUGUUAAGGUGAAGCUUAGGACGCCGAAAAUGUUGGACUCUCAACCGAAUUCGUCUGAUGCACCUUCGCAAAGUGAUACUGAUAGGAGUAGUCAGCAACAUGGGCUGGAGAGACAUAGUGUGAAUGUUGAUAGAAUUGAAGAUAGUGUGAGUUCGUUGCCUCAUAUUAAGUUUGGUGCUUCGUCAAAGAAAGCCGGUAGUAUAAAGAUUAAGUCUUCGAAGGGUUUGGGAUUAAAUUCUGACCAGACAAGCAAGCCUUUGCCAAUUUCCUCGGAAACUGCUGUUUACAUAAGAGAAAGGAAAGCACCGCCACUUAAUCCCAGAUAUCAUAAGCAGGAAUUGGAUACCUCCUUAAUGAUUAUAAGGAAGGUAAUGAAAAUGGAUGCUGCUGAACCCUUCAAUGUUCCUGUUAACCCGGAAGCUCUGGGAAUUCCUGACUAUUUCGAUAUCAUCGAUACGCCAAUGGAUUUUGGAACUAUAUGCAGCAACCUUGAAAAGAAUGGCAAGUAUAUGAAUUCGGAGGAUGUUUAUAAUGAUGUAAAAUACAUUUGGGAGAACUGCUAUAAGUAUAACAAUAAGGGUGACUAUAUCGUGGAUCUUAUGAGGCGAGUAAAGAAGAAUUUUAUGAAGUACUGGACUGCUGCUGGGUUAUACACUGAACAGCCAAAAGGGACCAAAGAAGAUAUUGCACUUUCUGGUGAUGGAAAAGUAGGGAAGGGUGGCCAGUUGAAGCAUAAGAAAAAAAAGGGUCAUGGAAGACACCAUAAACAUGAUUGUUUAUGUGCAAUUUGUGUGCUAAAGCGCCGUAGGAAGGAACGGGAGGAGAAUGACCGAAUUGCAAAAGGAAAUUUUGGGCCCGGUGGUGAUAAGCGUGUUAGAGACUUCAAACAAGAGGAAUCGAUGCUUGGAGAUAGUCCUGGCGGGGAGGAUUCAUCUUCAAACACAGAUGAAUCGGCGGGUACUGAUGGAGAUGCUGACGAAAACAAAGGAGACGUGACAAAGAUGGAGACUAGCGAGAAGCAACGCAGCCCUUUUGAGGGAAGGCAUGAGGUCAAUGAAGUUAACGACGAUGAAGAUGAUGAUGGGAUGGAGGAAGAUGACCGUGGCCCAGAGAAUGCGGAAGAGGAGGAAGAUGAAGAGGGAGAUGAGGAAGAGAUUGAAAUGGACAGUGAGAAGAGACAGAUAGAUGGAACCUUGGCAGAGAAAUCGGAACUUGGAGACACAACUGGUCUUCAUGAUGAAUAUAAAACGCAACUAGAAGGACAAGCUGCAGCGUUCCAACAACACAAGAAGCACAAGGAACCGCAAAAUAGACAUCAAAAAGCUAAGCUACUUGAGAGCUUUUAUUCUGAAAAUCCCAUGCUUUCAAGUUUGUGUGGAACUCUCUUCCCCGAAAACAGCCAAUCUGUGUGGAGUGGCCCGCACUCGCUAAUAUGUCAAAGAAAUUCGGCUCGCAAUAGUUCAAUCCACGCGGCUAUUAGGUCGUUCAUGAAGUAGUUCCAAUAAGUCUAGAUUUUUAAUGUUGUAGAUUUUUCUUGACAGAUUUUAGCGCAUUCGUUGCUAAAUGUACAAUAGUCAUAAUAAUACUUAGAGCAAUGGUAGAUUUUGUAGAUUUGCUUUGUUUUUUAUAUUUUAUCUUCAAAUUUGAAGUAAAUGUCACCAGAGGUGGGGUUUGAAUUGUGAUUUUAUUUGUUGAGUUUUUGCAUGUAAUAAAACCAAAUCUCUAAAGUUUGUGAGAUUUUUUUUAA